AAAACAAAAAAAAUCACACGUAAACAGAACGGAACGCGCGACUUCUUGUGUAAUAUUGAGGCAAUUUUCGUGAAAAUCGUGAAAAAGGGAUACCCGGAAAUGUUCAAACGAUGAACGGAGACUAGCAAAUCUAAGCACCAAAUCAAAUAUUUAGUAAAACAUGGCUUUCAGGAUUCUUAAAAAUCUACGAGAGCUUCCAAGCCUGGCCAGCAACUUUCCGGUUGGAUACUGUCAGGGGACACUCUUAAGCCCAGCUCGUUUUACACGACCCGGAAAUGUGCUCCGGUUUAGUCGACAAUCCCGGCAACCACCCCGGAUAGAAUCGUUCGCCCCGCGGGAAACCAUCGGUCCAACUGGGAUUGUAAACGAGGCCGGCUAUAUUGAUCCCUCAAAGCUAUGGAAAUCGUUCGUCUUUACGGUGGCUUUCAGUACCGGGAGUUUCAUUGGCGUGACCGUUUGGGAGUACGAAACGAUUCGAUCCCGGGCGAUGGCUGCCUUGAGGAAAAAGUUGUCCACGAAUUGGUUCAAGGAACGGCUUAGAUCCAGCCGCCAGGAAGUGGAACAGUGGCGUAAAGAUGUAGACGAGUUCUGGAGUCGGCUGACACCUGGGGAGCGAAUAUUCGUACCGAUUUGUGCGUUAAAUAUAUUGGUUUAUGGACUGUGGAGGGUACCUCGGUUACAACCGAUGAUGUUGAGAUAUUUCGCCUCCAAUCCGGCGGCUAAAGCUGUCUGCUGGCCGAUGGUUUUGUCCACCUUCAGCCACUAUUCGCUGUUUCACAUCGCUGCCAAUAUGUAUGUGCUGCACAGUUUCUCGCAUGCGGCCGUGGCCACUCUCGGCCGGGAACAGUUCCUGGGUAUGUACCUGAGUGCCGGAGUGAUAGCAUCGUUUGCGAGUCACGUUCUGAAAACCGUCACCCGGCAGCCAGGACUCUCGCUGGGAGCGUCCGGGGCCAUCAUGGCCGUUCUGGCCUACGUUUGCACCCAGUAUCCGGACACCCAGCUCAGCAUUAUUUUUCUACCGAUGUUCACCUUCUCAGCUGGAGCGGCCAUCAAAGUCAUUAUGGGUCUCGAUUUGGCCGGCGUCAUGCUCGGCUGGAAGGUAUUCGACCACGCUGCCCAUCUGGGCGGGGCAAUGUUUGGGGUGUUUUGGGCCUGGUACGGCAGCCAGCGGGUAUGGCCACUCAGGGAACAUUUCGUGCGGUAUUGGCACGAAAUGAGAGGACCAACGAAAAAGUAGUAAGAUUAGGGGAAAACCCUAAUUGUCGAACGUGAUCCGGUUUAGCGAAGUUAAUUAAUGAAUUGAACUAAAAGAAUAUAAAUAGACAUGGUCAAAUAUAUGAUUCUGGAUUC